CGGGCUGGGGCGCGGGCGGAGCCGGGCCCGCGGGGCUGCUGCGGGGCGAUCGGGCCGGGCUGCGGGCCGCGCUAUGGACUCUCGUGUCCAGCCUGAGUUCCAGCCUCAUUGAGCCAGCCGCCCCUAAGAGCUUCCUGCCCAGGAAGCCCCCCAAGCACUGACCAUGUCUAUAAUGGACCACAGCCCCACCACGGGUGUGGUCACAGUCAUUGUCAUCCUCAUUGCCAUUGCUGCCCUGGGGGCCCUGAUCCUGGGCUGCUGGUGCUACCUGCGGCUGCAGCGCAUCAGCCAGUCAGAGGACGAGGAGAGCAUUGUGGGGGAUGGCGAGACCAAAGAGCCCUUCCUCCUGGUGCAGUACUCGGCCAAGGGACCAUGCGUGGAGAGAAAGGCCAAGCUGAUGACCCCUAAUGGCCCAGAAGUCCGCGGCUGACCUGGGAUGCGAGGCUCCUGGUCCUGUGUGCAGCCAGCCAAGAGGCGCUGGAAGGAAUGAAACCACACAGACGUGCUGUUGUCUCAGAGGAAGGGUUAACACUUGCUGGCAUGGCCUCAGCAGGCUCCAUCACUGCAUGCACCCGGGGCCCCGCUGUCCUGGGCUUCCCCUUGGCCUCCUGGGGGGCCGCCCAUUGCAGGCAGUGGGUAGGCCUGACUUUGCUGGGGCUCACGGCCCCACAGCGCUUUGUUACUUGAAUGUUCAGCUGAGCCUGUUCUUGAUGGAGCUACUACUGUAAUGCGUGAACUAACAAACCUGUGAACUGUAAAUAGGUCCCCAGAAGCAUGUGCUUAAGCGUCUUUGCUGAUUUUUUAAAAUAUCCUAUGGAGCACAUGGGACUGGUUUGAUGACCGUGCUAAUGAUGAGCUAAGUCGAAACCAUGGAGGGUCUUGGACUUGAAAGGUCUCUAACAUACGUCUACGUAAAGGGAGUGAGAUGGCAGUUUUAUGUCUCAGCUGACCAGUUGGGGCGCUUGGGUGAUUUCUGCUUGGUUAGUAGUGGAUGGAGAAGAACCAUGCCCUUCCUCUUUGUCCAGGUAGAUUUGGUUGUUAAAUAGCAGUUCCUGUCGAUAGUGGAUUUACUGCAAGGAAGCUACCAUACCUGCUUGGGAGCCAGUGAAGGACAAGUCCGGGCACAAGUCCCGAGGGCCAGCAGGUGUCCUUGUAGCAGAGCAGUUCCUUGCCCCUUUGGUCUUGAGCAUGCCGAGUAUCCCCCUCAGCGCAGGCUUUGCAGCUGGCCCAGGAAAGGGAAAAAAAGUUGUGUUUUCUGUUUUGUUUUUGUAUUUAAAUAUUUUCUACGCUGGGCAGGGGAGGGGACUGUUGAGGUUUUCUCUUUCCUGCUUCACAAGUUAGCUUCCUUUCCUCCCUGACUCCCACCCACCUGCUGGGCACUGGACUUCACUUUCUUCCGUGGGUCUCUGUAACUGACUUGAGUCCCCUCACGCAGCUCUGAAGGUACUGAGUGCCAGUGGAAGGUCAUUUCCUUUGUGCACGUUCAUUCAUACAGAAGCCACCGGAUGCUCAUGCAGGGGGUGGGGGCAGGGUGGAAGAGAGCAUUUCAAGUUCAGGACUUCAUUUUCACAUAGGCGAUGAGCUGGUGGCUCAGUCGAGCCAGUGCCUUGGCAGCCUGCAUUCCCACGGUAUUCCUGUGUACACUUCAGUGAGCUCAUUUUGACUUUGAAUCCCACCACUAAGCACAUUCUAAACUAUCAUGAUGAAAACGUGACUCAUGUCAGCAUCCUCAGUACAGAACCAGAGGCCACUGCUGGCUUAGACCCCACUGAACUGCAGAGCUCUGGCCUCCUGGUCCGGCCGGAGGUGCCUCCUCCGAAAAGCAUGUUAAAUGAAACCACUUUCUAGAACCCCGAGGGGCAAGCUGUAGGGAACACUUUUUAGUAGCAUACACCCAAAUUGGGGGUCAAACAUUAAGGAAGAGCUUGAGGUGGACAGAGGGGUAGCUAAUUAGGCCAUCUGAGCUGUGGUAGUGAAGCUACUGAGGAACCCUUAGAAAGCAGGAACAGAAAUACCUUUGGCCACUAACGGGAUGGCCAAGCUCCAAGAGGUGAUGGUGGCACAAGCUGAACAGCCCUGCAGGCUGGGGUGGGCAGGACUCAAGGUGGGGGCAGGGUCGGGGGAUCUAGCUACUGAAAUGAGGCCUAGGAAGGAAAAAAGAAGUUCUGAAGGUGCCAACGGAAAGACUGGGGAGGAGGUUUGCUUCAGUGAGUUAGAAAAGGCUGGGGCAUUUGACCCAUCACCCUCACAUCUUAGAACUUCCAGGCUUUCUACCUCGACUCGCCACAGCCAGCAGAUAAACCUAGGCUGUUUUUCCUUCAGCCCCACACCCGGUAAUCCAAGAGCGGCUGGGAUUUGCACCUUCAGUCUCUGAGCCUGACCCCUGGAACUGACUGUCACUCAAUUGUCAGACUUGCCAUGUGGUUUUUACCAUGCCAGUGAAAUUUUGGUUUUGAAAUUAUUAAACUUCGCUUUCUCAUCAGUUUCACUUUUGGAGCUAUUCUUAUCCCACUCCCAGGUUGCCAGGGACGUCCUUGGAGCUUGAAUUGGGCCCAUCAGAGCAUGGUGGCAGUGUGGGGAGAGGGUCAGAGGCACGGUGGCACUGGUGGGGGUCUCUGAGAGGAAAAUGCAAAUGACUGUAGAAGUAGUGAACAACCACAUAAUAGUGCUCACUGUUAUUUGUCAAUAGCUACUUUUUUUUUUUUUUAGCGUAGACACCAGAGCCACACACUCAAAUGGCUGAGUAAGUUAUGACCUCUCUUUGAAUUCUUACUGAAUAGCUCAACUGUUGCGUUCAAGUUUUCUGACCAGUUGAGAAAUUACCUUUCAGUCUUCAUAUCAUCACAGAUGCAACAGCAGGGGAGCAGGGAGGGGAACUCGUGACACUGAGCCACUAAAACAUGGACUAAUUUUUCAGACAUAUCUUCAAAUGGACUGUGCUGUUUUUGUCUCAAAGCUACCAAGUUUGUGCAAUAAGUGGACAGGAUGUCAUCCCUGUUCAGUAAAACCUGAUGACAUUCAAGUUGAUUUUCUAGACCACUGAGAAAAUCUUUAUUUACAAUAAAUUUCAAUAAAAUUUGCA